AUGGCAGGCUGGCUUGAUGAUGACCUGUAUGAUGGAGGCUGGUGUGCUGGGAGGAACGACCCUCUGCAGUGGUUGGAGGUGGACGCCAGGAGGCUGACCAAGUUCACAGGGGUCAUCACACAGGGAAGGAGCUCUCUCUGGUCGAGUGACUGGGUGACAUCAUAUAAGGUCCUUGUGAGCAACGACAGUCACACCUGGGUCACUCUGAAGAACGGAUCACAAGACCUGAUCUUCUCUGGCAACAAGGAGAAAGAGAUCCCUGUGUUGAAGCAUGCUUCUGUGGCUUGCUGUGGCUCGUUACAUCAGAGUCAACCCUCGCUCCUGGUUCAACCGGGGAAGCAUCUGUAUGAGGGUCGAGAUCCUGGGAUGUCCCCAUGCCAGACUCUCAGAACUAUUACCACAGACGGAAUGAGAUCACAACAACAGACAACCUGGACUUCAAACAUCACAGCUACAAAGAGAUGAGGCAUAUGAUGAAGGUGGUUAAUAGAUGU